AUGUCCUCGCCAUCGUCAGCAGGAUCCGGCAAGCGGAAGAGAACGAGUACCUUGACGAAGAACCCAGUUAUGCAGCCGUCGUCUCGAGAUGCUUCCGGAGAGGAUGGAGAAUCUACAGCGCCAGAAACCACUAAGCACAAGAAGGGCUCAUCCACUGACAAUGCUCCUGCUCCCAAACGACUCAGGUCAGCGACCCACGAAAAAGUCAAUGGCGAUCCCGGAGAGCCGUCCGAAAGUACCGAAGGGAGCUCCGACAUUGAGAAACGCGUUGGACGCAAGGGCAGGAAGUCCAAGGAUGGGGAAGAGGAUAAGCCAGAGGCGAUGGCACCACCACCGCUGGGACAGCUGACGGAUCCCGUUGGGUAUAAAACCAACCCGGCUCCCGUUGGUAGAGCGGUUCGGGUCUACGCCGACGGAGUUUUCGACCUGUUUCAUCUAGGACACAUGCGCCAACUCGAGCAAGCUAAGAAGGCAUUCCCAGACGUGUACUUGAUCGUUGGUGUAACGGGAGAUAAGGAAACACAUAAACGCAAGGGUUUGACUGUAUUGUCUGGACAAGAGCGCGCUGAAACAGUCAGACAUUGCAGAUGGGUUGAUGAGGUCAUUGAGGAUUGUCCGUGGAUUGUCACACCCAAGUUCUUGGAAGAGCACAAGCUUGAUUAUGUUGCACACGAUGAUCUUCCAUACGGUGCCGACGAAGGAGACGACAUCUACAAGCCUAUCAAGGAAGCUGGCAAGUUCUUGGUUACCCAGAGAACAGAAGGUGUUAGCACGACUGGAAUUAUCACCAAGAUUGUUCGAGACUACGAGAAGUACAUUGCUCGUCAAUUCAAGCGUGGCACUUCGCGUCAAGAGCUUAAUGUAUCAUGGUUGAAGAAGAAUGAGCUUGACCUCAAGCGCCACGUCUCAGAAAUGAGAGAGGCUAUUCGAUCGAACUGGACAACUACUGGCCAAGAGCUAGGCAAGGAGUUGAGACAGUUCUGGCAAGCUAGCAGACCUGGAUCCCCAGCUCGUAUGUCAAGUUUUGAUGAUUCGUCCAAGGCUAGCUCUCUUACGAGCCCAUCGGCCCUUUCGCAUCUCAGUCGCCGUUUGGAGAUCCCCAGAAACGAUAGCCCUGGCCCUGGUAGUGACUUCGCCACUGGAUACAGUUUGGGUUUGAUCGGUGGUGUUCGAUCAUGGAUGAUGAGAAGUCGCCAGACCAACCGUGAUAGUCUCCACGGAAGUGACAGCAGUGAGGAAGAUAGCGAUGAGCGACCGUCUCCUCGUGGCCGUUCCGGAAAGGAACAGACCAAGGGUGAGGCUGCUGAAGAGGAGAAGCAGGUAGACGCUCAGAUUGACGCGCUGAUGGGGGAGAACUCGAAGAGCUCUGGUGCCUAG